UACACACACACACAACUCAUCAUUCAACAAACUAAACCUAAGACACCAAAUCUUGAAGGUGUUUGUGGUUGGUGUCCAUGGCCAUGGCUGCCAUGGACGCGAGGAAGAAGAAGAGCGGCGGCGGCGGCGGCGAGCCGCUUCUCGGCAAGUAUGAGCUUGGGCGGAUGCUUGGGCGAGGGACGUUCGCCAAGGUGUACCUGGCGCGCGCGGUGGCCGGCGGCGAGGCGGUGGCGGUGAAGGUGAUCGACAAGGCGGAGGUGAUGGGCACGGCGGGCAUGGCGCCGCGCGUGCUCCGGGAGGUGGCGGCGAUGCGGCGGCUGCGCCACCCGCACGUGCUGCGCCUCCACGAGGUGCUCGCCACGCGCGCCAGGAUCUACCUCGUCAUGGAGCUCGCCACCGGCGGCGACCUCCUGUCGAGGCUGGCGGCGCUGCCGCGGCGGCGCCUGCCCGAGAGCGCGGCGCGCCGGGUGUUCGUCCAGCUCGUCGACGCGCUGUCCUACUGCCACGCGCGCGGCGUGGCGCACCGUGACGUGAAGCCGCAGAACGUCCUCCUCGACGGCGACGGCAACCUCAAGGUCUCCGACUUCGGCCUCGCCGCGCUCCCGGACACGCUCCGCGACGACGGCCGCCUCCACACCGCGUGCGGCACGCCGGCGUACGCGGCGCCCGAGGUGCUCCGCCGCAGGGCCUACGACGGCGCCAAGGCCGACGCGUGGUCGUGCGGCGUCAUCCUCUUCGUCCUCCUCGCCGGCCACCUCCCCUUCGACGACUCCAACAUCGCCGACAUGUGCCGGAAGGCGCACCGCCGCGAGUACGAGCUCCCGCGGUGGGUGUCCCAGCCGGCGCGCCGCCUGGUGAGCCGCCUGCUCGACCCGAACCCGGACACCCGCGUCGCCGUCGAGUCGCUGGCGGCGCACCACCCGUGGUUCAAGCGCUCGCUCAGCGUCGACUCCCAGCUCGACGGCCUCCUCAACGGCGAGCCAGAGCGCGCCGUGGCGUUCCAGGCGGCGCCGCCGCCGCCGCUGAACGCGUUCGACAUCAUCUCCAUGUCUCCCGGGCUCGACCUGUCCGGGCUGUUCGGCGAACACGACAAGAGCCUAAGGGAGAAGCGGUUCACGACGACGGCGUCGCCGGAGAAGACGCUGGAGCAGCUCGGCCUCGCCGGCGGGAAGCUCGGGUACGUGGUGGUGGUGGGGAAGAAAGGGGUGGAGUGCUUGCCGCUGGCGGGGGGGCGGCUGUCGUCGGGGAUCGCCGCGAUGUCGGUGGAGAUGUCGGAGGUGGCGCCGCCGCUGUUGCUCGUCGAGCUGAGGCUGGAGGUCGCCGCCGGCGACGUCGACGGCGGCGACGGCGAGGUGAAGGGGUUUGGGUGGGAGCAGCUGAGAAUGGAGCUAGGUGAUGUAGUUAGGGCUUGGCAUAGUUGUGAGGAUUUGUGUGAAAUUUAGGGGGGUGUUUGUAAAUGGCAAGGGACUCUUUUGUAGUUUGGAGAUGUAAUUGUAUAAUAUAGCAAUGUAUGAAUGCUAGAUUUAUUCUCAACAUUUUUCUUUUAAAUUA